CGCUCAAGCUUUCAUUCUCUUUAACCCCCUCGGUUUUGUCCCUCAAACAUAAACCUCUCCCCUUCCAUUCCCUCAAAGAACAAUGCGUUUGUCUUCCAUUGCCACCUUUACCCUUGCAGCAUUAGUAGCUUCAUCUUCUGCCGGUACAUUGGUUGCACGUUCUUCGUGCAAAACAGAUAAUGAUUGCCCUGGUGUCACUUGCUGUAAUUUGAGCACACUUCAGUGUGUCAAUGACCCUAACGGAACCAUUUGUGAUAUUGCUCCCAAAACCACAAAGAAGACCACCACUACCAAGAAGGCUACCACCACUACCAAGAAGACUACCACCACUACCAAGAAGACCACCACUACCAAGAAGACCACCACCACUACUAAGAAGACUACUACCACUACCAAGAAGACUACUACCACUACCAAGAAACCAACCACCACUACCACCACUGCCACUACCACUGCUUCAUACGGGCCACUCCAUCCUUCGCCAAUGAAUCCCAAGCCUACAUGCAGAUCUUACACUGAGAACUUCAACAACCCCGUCAUUGUCGAAGCUGAUGACUGGGCCCCACAGUCUACUUCCGUCGACAUGGUCAAUAUUUCAGGUAGCCCAAGCGCCUACAGUGUCAAAAAUGGCAUUCUUACCUUGAAAAUGCUUCCACCUACCUUCAACAAAAGCGGCCAGCAAAACAGCGAAGGUGUUGCUGCCACCAUCGAUAUGGCCUUUGAAAUGCAAUACGGUAACAUUGAAAUUCGCGUCAAAGCCAACCCUGUGGCUGGUGCCGUAUCCACUUUCAACACUAUGAGUGCCUCUGGUGACGAAAUUGAUAUUGAAAUUUCUCCUAAAUUCUUCAAUUCUCACGGUCCCACGUACUUUGAGAGCAACUAUUUCUCAAAGGGAAGAAUGGAUGGACCUUCAAAAAUUGGAGAUCAUGAAUACUAUCCCAACGUUGGAUUCAACACCUCUGCCGAUUUCCAUGUGUACCGUGUUGAAUGGUAUCCUGAUCAUAUGACUUGGAUUGUCGAUGGCCAAACUGUUCGUACCCUCAACAAGGCCGACACUUACUCUUCCAGCGGUAAUGAAUACAUGUAUCCCAUGGAGGUAUCUCGCUUGGAGAUUGGCAUUUGGGAUGCUGGUUACCAAAACAGCGGCUGGGGAGGUGGUCCUAUCAACUGGCAUCAGUACACCGAACUCGAUGCUCAAUUCGAUUACAUCAAGGUCGAGUGCAAUCCCGAAUACAACCAUGUCAUUGGACCCAGAACCACCACUAAUGCCCUCGCUUCGGUCAAAAAUGCUGAUUCUGACAAUAAGUCCCAAGUCGGUGACAAGCUCUCCAAUGGCAUUGUUAUUGGCCAUCACGCUUCCCCUGGUGCACCCAAACACCAUUAAGGUCUUCAGACGAGUUUUGUCUUCAAAAACUCAAAUUCUCUCAUAAUCAUAAAGAUUAUAGCUUAACUCGCACGAAAAUGAUGUUGUUGAAUAAUAAGAUAAAUAAUAAAAGCGACUAUCACUUCACCUGCAAGGAUCGACC